GUAAGCCGUGUCAAACUGAACAAAACCUCAUGCAAACCCUGCCAAACCGCAGUCUUACGGUCACCAAGGCAGCCAAGCCCGUGGGUCGUCGUGUUUUCGUUUCGCCAAAAGCUGUCCCCGCUGUCGCUGCUGCCACUGCCCCAAUGGCUACCGUAUCCUUCCCGGCUGAGUAUGGGCUGGUCGCUGGCGCCGUCGCGGUCUCCUGGUUCGUUCACCACGGCAUGAUGGCCGUGGGUGUCAUGAACGCACGCAAGAAGUACGGUGUGUCCUACCCCGACCUGUACGCCACUGCGGAGAACUGCCCCAACGCCGAGUACCGCAAGGCCUUCAACUGCGUUCAGCGCGGGCACCAGAACUCGCUGGAGAACCAGCCCAUCUUCCUGGCGCUGCUACUGGCGGCCGGUGCCAAGCACCCCGUCACCGCCGCCGCCGCGGGCCUGAUCUACUCCCUGGGCAAGGUGUUUUACUUCCGUGGCUACUCCACCGGCGACCCCAACAAGCGCAUGCAGGGCGGUCUGUCCUACCUGGGCCUGUUCACCCUGGUGGGCAUCUGCGUCAAGACCGGCGUCCAGGCCGUCAUGGGGCUUCUGCAGUAAACAGCCAACUGGCCGGCCGGCUGGCGGCUUGACAACAAAGACCUUGAACUUUCGGCAACUCUAGCAGCAUUGGUUACAGCACUGCCACCAGCACCUGCGCCUGAGGUCGGAAGUGGCAGGUGAUGGGGAUCGCCUGCAGGAAGUGGGAUGGCAAGGCAGCGGUCGGAAAGCACCUGGCGCUGUCGCCGCUAAUUGCGGCCGACUGGCGAUGUGCAGGCGGGGCGGUGUCUGUAGCUGCUGGGUAAGGGGGCCAGGCAAUGGGGACCGGGACCGAGGAGCACGCGUGCGGCAUGUUCCUAUGGGUGCGCAUGUGCCGGCAGUUUGGAGGUGGUUGGAAAAGAGGCAGGAGAACAGGUGGAUGGAAAACAGGUAGAUGGAAGAGAAGGUGAUUCUCUGCGCGUUUUGGUAGUUGAUUGACGCAGAGCCAUUCAUUGCUCGCGGUCGAGAUAUGUCUAUUAUAGGCCUCGGCUCCGUUGACAUUGAACGCUGGGCUACAGGCGCCCCGGGCCUCGGCCAAGCCAUACGGGUGGGGCGCCGUAGGCGGCUUCAGAAUCUCAGAAGGCUCCCAAAGCCGGAACCUGAAUCCCAUGCAGAAUGUAACAGCUCCGUGGA